AUGGCCGAGUUAAAUUGCCGGUGGCUGUCAAAAUUGUGCGUGUUUUUCCUUCUAUUUGUAUCGUACGUGGAGGGGCAAGUCUGCACAUAUUAUGGUAACUACAGGUACGCAGCUCCAGAAUACAACCUGUCCAACUGCACUUGGUAUCGUGAUAUGUCAUGCUGCAAGAGAACAGAAGUCUCCUCAGUAUUUGGGAGUAUGUUCAAGAUUUAUGACUACACAGAGAGAUGUCAUUCUCGCCUCAACUACAUGAUGUGUUAUUUCUGCAGUCCUAAUCAGAUUGAUUGGUAUGACUCAAAAGUUGUGAUUUGCUCCGAGUUCUGUGAUGAAACCUUUGAAGAAUGUAAGGACGCUCAACUCGGAGGUUCCUCGAUCGGAGAGAAAUACGAAUCAGGACGAAACUUCUGUAUGGCCAAUAAUUUUGAGGUAGUCCAAGGAAGAGAGAGAUGCUUCAACUUUGACCCGACUGCUUUUGAUACGGCUGCCAUCAAUCGUCAUGGCUAUUUUGUCACCAUAUCUGCAUUGUUUCUGGCCAUUGCACUGGUCAGUUUUUAAAUCUGUGACAAGAAACUUACUGUAGUAUUUUAUCAUUUGUAGUUCAAAAAACUUCCUUGACAGGUUGGCCUAAUCCAUACCGAAAAAUAGGGGUGGCAUAAUUCCAAUCAACCUGUCUUAUUCUUUCAAGGUAAAUAGUAGAACCCAACAUGAACACCCCUCUGCUUCACAAUGUCUUUACAGUACUUAUUUGAAGGAAAUAAGCGUUCAUUUCAGUAUUUCUUAGUUAAUUGAAGCCACUUUUUUUAUUUCUUGCCAGUUUUGUUUUGUAAAAAAAAGUAUAAAAUGCACGUUGGGUUAUUGCAAUGUUUUGUCUAUCAAGUAUUCAAAAGAAAAUUAAAAAUAAAUCUAUUCGGCCAAUUCCAAAUUUGUAAUAAACAGUCAGUUAGAAACAGAAACCUUUCUUUAGUAUUUUAAUAACUAUACAAACACUGCAAUAUUUGUAUCAUUAACAUUUUGUGUGAGUAAACAAUUUUAAAAAGUAUUUUUAAGAAAUCCAUAGUGUAUUCAAAUGUUGUACUAACAGCUUGUCACUAAAACAGGGUUAAAGCUAACAGUAAUUUAUUUGUAUGUUUGAAUAAUGUGUAGAUAUGUUCAACGUAUUUAUAUUUAGGAAAAUAUUUAUCAAAAAUUUGCUUAAGUUAUUGUGUUUUAAUUCAGCCAAACUGAACUACAAAUUAAAAUAUUUAGUUGUAAUCGGUGAAGUUUUGAUACAGUUUGUGAUGACUUUUUACAAUGGGCAAGUGACUUAUUAGUAAUGUGAUUAAUUAAAAUUAUUGUAGAGUGUGAUGUGAUGUAAAGAUGUCAGGGCCGAAUUUUUUAAA